UAUCUACCAUUUUCGCUGUUCAAUAAGACUACAACUAGUCAUCGCAUAAUCAACUUCAAAGUCGAUCAAGUGCCGGUCGAAUAGUUUUUACCGUACAUCAACAUAUUAUACCUUAUUAACGAUGUUUGUCAAUACCUUUGGGUUUUAUCUCAUUGUUUACAGGUGCCUCACGAGUUUUGUUUUAGUGCGCGUUCUUCGCCAAUAAAUAUUUAUGUUUUUGUUUCUUGAAAUUUUGCCGACCAAUACAGUCUACAGUAAUGAUAGUGCAACGAGAAGUGUUUUGAUGGUGUAGAUCUCGUUUGGGUAUAAGUCUCGAUCACAGCCGCAACCAAAAUGACCGACGAAUUUAUUAGGAGAGGAUUGACCACUUCGGUGGCUCAGAUAUGUUCAAAUAUUGGUUGGCAUUCUAUGGCCAACUCGACUCUUCAGAUGAUGACGGAUAUACUAUAUGAAUAUUUCAAAGAUUUAGCACAGUCUGUUAAAAAAUUCUCUGAAAUUUCUGAUACAAUUGAACCAGAUAUUGAUGACGUAAAAAUGGCAUUCCGUGAUAAAGAUGUGGCCAUUCCAGAUUUAAUAAGAUAUUUAAAACAAGUUGGAUCUGUUGAGUUUCCGCAUAAAGUACCAAAGUUUCCUAUACCAACAAAGUCUAAUUUAAAUAUCAUGAAACCUGGAAGCCGAGAAAUUGUUACCCGACCUGUUUAUGUUCAUGAACAUCUUCCUACUAUGUACCCUGAACAAUCUGAUGAAAAAACAACGCAAAACGAUAGAAACCAAACCUCUCAUUCAAGCUCUUCAUUAGGAAUUUUCAAUGAUCCAAUAAGUAUUCAAGAAUCACAGGCAUCCAUAAAUGAUAAACCAACACAUGGUAAUAAUGUUAUGCAUCGACGACUUAGAGAAAUUUCUAGUGUGGUUAUGACAACAUCUGGAUUUCUUUCACCGUCCCGAGAAGGAAAGUUGCCAGAAUCACGACUAAUGCCAUUUCCUAAUUUUAAGACCAACUCGUCACAGCCAUCAACUUCUUAUUCUACAGUUCCACCAGAAGUCAAAGGUGAACAGCAUCAGCAACAACGUAUGAAACAACAAAAUAGAAAACAAUCACAAAAAAUAUUGAACAGUUUCAAAGAAAAAGGAAAAAAUGCUAUUGAAAGUAAUAAUAACAACAAUAAGAAUGAAGGUGUAAAAGUAAAGAAGCUGACUAGCAUGAAAGAAACCUCCAAACUUAAAGCAUUAAAAACUGGAGCUAUCCGCGAGUCUAAUCAAGGACCUCGACUCAAAAAGACUCAAAAAAUCAAAGAUAAAUCAAAACUUAAUCUACUGAAUACUAUAUUUGAUAAGCCAGUUCAAGCAUCAUCUUCUCAUUUAAAGUAUUCAAAAAAUUCUGAAGGAGAUAAUGAAAAAUUAACAACAGAACCUGAUAAGCAAAAAUUAAAUAUUUUUAAAAAAAUAUCUAAAGUAAAGGAAGACAAAAAUAAUGAAAGUUCUGGACAUCAAAGUUCUAAAUCAAAUAUGCCUAUAACAUCGAAGGCAAAUUCUACUAUUGUAAGUUCAGAUAUUUUGAUAAAGCCUGAAUUAAAACCUGAGGUUAUUGAAGAAAAACCUUUAAAACCUAUAUUCACUAAACCACCCAUUGAAAAAAAAAAUGAUAGUGUUCAAAAGACGCCUGUAAAAAACACUAAACAAGAGUUGAAUACAAAUACACCUAAAAAAAGAAAAAAGAAACCAAAAAUAUUAAAUGAUGAUUAUGAUCCUCCAACCAUAGAUCCCAUAAGUAGCAAUACUGGUACAAAAAAAUCUAAAAAUAAACAUGAUUCCAAUCUGUUUUCUUCUCCUUUAAAAUUUUCUUUCUUUGGUCAUUUACCAACUGGGCCAGGUCUUCUUCCAACUGGUCCAAGUAUUUUACCACCAUCAUUGGCAUCAAAUCCAUUGGUUCCAAAAUAUACACCUCCUAAUAAUGUUAUACCAAUGUUAGAAAAACCAAGUUCAACAACUUCAAUGAUAUAUUUACCCUUACCUGGAGAAGAUCAUUUUGAAAAACCUGAGCUUGAUGAACUUUCUUCAGAGAAAGAAAAAGUCCAAACGGAAAAAAUAAAACCCAAAAAAGAGCAUAAAAAGAUUAAAAAAGAAAAGAUAAAAUCAAAAAAGAAGAAAGAUAAAAAAAAUAAAACUAAGCAAAAAGAACGGAGUGAAAGAAAAAAGGAAAAAUUAUUAAAAAAAUUGAAAAACAAAGUAAAAGUAGAUACUGAAGAAUCGAAACAAGAAUCUACUAUUGUUAAGGAAAAUAGUCCAGAACCUGUUGUGAAAGAAGAUGACCAUUUAGUUCCAAAAAUUAAACUUAAAUUACCUGGUUCAAAUGGAUCAAAUUCAUCUCCAUCUAUUCAACGUAAAAUAGUAAUCAAGCCUAUAGUAAAAAACAAAUCUCCACCCGAGUGUGCUGAAGAAACACAUAGUUUUUCUAAAGAAAAAUCACCUGUGGAACGGGUCAAAUCUUCUAUAGCAAAAUCCAAAACUCACUCUAAAGAUAAAUCAUCUAUAAGCACCUUACCUUCGGUAUCAAUAACACCAAUUAAAGAAGAAGAAACAGAAAUUAUAUCAGAGCCUAAACCAUCCAAAUUAAAAAAAUCAUCUGUGAUCUCUUCUAAUACUGUUGUUGAUAUUGAUAUACCUUCAGCAUCUGCUGGUAAUGUAUCUUCUCCUACCGGUAGUAAUCCUAAUAAUUCUGCAAUAUCAGGAAACAAACAAAAAAUUAAAACCAGCAAGAAACCUAAGAAAACUGCAACUCGACCAUUUCCAUUUUUCUAUUUUGAUGAAGGUGGUAAUGAAGUUUGGAUAUGUCCAACUUGUGGCAAACAAGAUGAUGGUAGUCCAAUGAUUGGAUGUGAUGGCUGUGAUGGCUGGUAUCAUUGGGUCUGUGUGGGCAUACAAUGUCCACCAGAUUGUGCGGUGUGGUUUUGUCCAACAUGUUUGUUAAAACGAGCUGAACGUGGUGUGUCAGGUGCACCAACUGAAAAGGCUAAAAGAGGGAGACCACUGAAAAAGAAGUCAAUUUCGUAAGAGCCAAUUUAAUACCUAAUCUGAAUUUAUAAUUUUUUUUUAUUUAAUCAAAUUAAUAUUUGUAUUAUAUAUUAGGUUAAGUUUUUAUAUAAUGAUUUUUAUUAUUAUCACGGAUUAAGAUACUACAUAUUGUAAACAUUCUUAGUUCGUGGUCAUAACCUUAACCAUGUACAUAUUAUGCAAGUCUCUCUGGUGCAUAAGAAAGGUAUGGUAUUCUUAAAUUCUUGAGGAAUUUUUAAGGAUGCCCUUGUAGAUUUAUAAGGUGGCUUCACAAUUUUUAUGUAUUAUUUUUAUAUAUUUUAUAUCUAUAGUAAAAAGUUGAAUUAAACAAUUUUGAUGAGGAACACAUACUAUACAGUUGUUAAAUUAUAUGAAAAAUUUUUAUUUUAUGAAAAUAUCUUUUUCUUGAUGAAACUAUUUGUAUUUAUUUAUUAGAGCUGUUUUAGGCAAUAUAUAACACACAACGAACUAUAAAAAUUGUUAU